UUAGUGCAGUCUGGCGGUACAAAGCAGUUACCCGAAGGAUUGAUAAAACUCGGUGGAGAGGGAAGGGUGGCCGAUAGGAGCUAAGCUUUGGGUAAUUAUAAAUAUGGCGGCGAAACCUCCAGUGCAGACGCAACCUGGACAAGGUGGACAGUGGAUGAACAUGCCCCAGUCCAUUCCGGGUGUUCCCCCAGGAUUAGAGUAUAUGGCAAACUUGGACCAGAUGAUUGUUAAACAGAGAGUGGAGUUGCUGGAGGUGUUUACUGGCUGCGAAAUGAGAAACAAAUAUGAUGUUUUAAACAGCGUUGGACAACAGUGUUAUUAUGCGGAGGAAGAAUCUGAGUUUUGUCACCGAAUUUGCUGUGGACCCAUGCGAGAAUAUGUAAUGCAUAUCACAGACAACAAUGGCCAGGAGGUGAUGAGGAUUACCCAUGACUUUGUUUGUUGUGUGGGGUGCUGCUGGUGUGCCACCGACUCUUCUUGUGGGUAUGAAGUGAGAAUCGAAGCUCCAGUUGGAAACAUUAUCGGCUAUGCAAAACAACAAUCUUCAAAAUGGAAACCCCACAUUCGCGUUUUUGACGCCAGCCGCCAGCCGUUGUACGUCGUCCGCGGACCCUGUUGCUGGGGAUGCCAGAAUAUCUGUUGUACCGACGACAUUGACUUUCCGAUAACGGACUUAUCAGAAACGAACAACCUGGGCCGGAUGUUCAAGCGUUGGGCCGGAUGUGGUCGUGAAAUGUUUACCGACGCCGAUACAUUUGGGGUUACAUUCCCAAUGGAUAUGGCGGUGCCACACAAAGCCAUGUUGUUUGGAACCCUCUUUCUUGUGGAUUUCCUCUACUACGAGCAAGAAAAGAACAACAACAAUUAGAAAUGAAAGAAUUACAGGGUUCAUGGACAAUUGAACUAUAAUUAGGGAAAGCAAUUAACUUGUACUGUAUACUAGUAAUGAAAAGGGAAGACAAUCCAGAAAAAUGUAAUUAAUCAUUUUUAUAAUGUUUAUCAACUUGUAUUUAUUUUUAUACUUUGUGAUAACCAUCGACAUUUUAGUAACCUUCAUACAUUUUACAUUUAUAUUUAGUUAUUUUAUUACAUUUGUUUUAUUUUCACUUGAGGUGUAAUGGUCUUGAUGUAAAAUGACAAGGAUUCUCUUUUUAUUUUGUUUUACAUUCUCAUAAUUUACUGUAUUUUACAAUCCCUUGAUUUGCUGUAUUUGACAUUCCCUUAAUUUACUGUAUUUGACAUUCCCUUAAUUUACUGUAUUUUACAAUCCCUUAAUUUACCUCUUCAGAAAUAUUGCAUACAUAUUUUUUUUUUUACUUAGAACUGCAUGAUUCACAUUCGAAUUUUAUCUUUAUGGGGCUUGGACACAGAAUUAAAGUGAACAUUUUCUAAAAUUUUCGGUAUAAUAUCAUGUUUUUGUUUUGAACACAUUUUACUGUAAUACAAAGGGAUUCGUUACAAGUUUUCACUUCUUCAAAAAAAAACCUUCCCUGUAAUAAUUAUGUACAAUGAUUAUAAUGAUUGUCGAACGAAUUAAUUACAAUGUUGUAAUGAAAAUGUGAAGCUAUACAGGCUAUUUAAGUAAACUUUUUCAAAUAUUAUAUGUAAAUUUUCCAAACAUUCUGCAAACUUUAUAUUUGAUGCUUUUAAAACCCGUCAGAACGUCACAACAAACAUUCUAAUAUAAUUUUUCUUCAUUUAUGUGCGUUUAUAUAUGUAUAUUGUUAAAAUAUUACCAGUGACAUAUUGGUCCUUUUGGCCGGAUGUAAGAUACUAAGUAUAUUGUUGUAAAAUACACUGUAUUACUAUAUAAUACACAUGUCACUAUAAUAAAUAAUUUACUUACA